AUGGAUAAAGCGAGUAAAUCCGUCCGCGAUGGACGUACCUAUAAGGAGCGAUCACAACCUGAAGAGCGCAAACGAUGGGGACUUCUUGAAAAGCACAAGGAUUAUUCUGCCAGAGCGCGCGAUUUCAACAAGAAGAAAGCGAAGCUUAAGGCACUUAAACAAAAAGUGCUCGAGAAGAAUCCUGAUGAGUUUUACUUUGGAAUGGUAAACAAGAAAGGACCUGUAAAAACCGGCAAAAAGUACACAGGAACUGUGAAUGGAGAUCGAGGUAAUCAGGUUUUGGAUCAGGAUGCUGUGCGCUUGUUCAAGACACAAGAUUUGGGUUACGUACGGACGAUGAGGAACAAGGCAUUGAAGGAAGUCGAGGAAUUAGAAAAAAGAACCGAAUAUUGA